GCACGCAACGCUGAUAUCUUUCAGAACAACAUCACGACGGUUCUCGGCGCACACGAAGUUUAGUGGCCGUAAUUUUCGUUCCCGAAUUAUUGUGUUUCUAGCAUUCCCAACCGGCCCAAACCAUGACCGACCCGGAGGAGGUGAACGGCGUCGACGAGACCACCGACAAGCAGAAGCAGAAGAAGGCCUCCAAACACGACAGCGGAGCGGCCGACUUGGAACGGGUCACCGACUAUGCCGAAGAGAAGGAAAUCAGCUCCAAGGAGAUCACCAAUGCGGUCAGUAUGUUUGAGGAGAAACGGAACAAGGAGAACGAGGAGAAACUAGCCAAAGAACAGGAACUGCAGAAGGUGCAAGUCAAGAAGGAGGACAUUGAACUGAUUAUUCGAGAAAUGGAAAUCUCCAGACAGAAAGCGGAAGAGACCCUGCGGGUGCAUCGGGGGGACGUGGUCGCAGCCUUGGAAGCACUGACAAACUAGUGCGAAAGCCAUUACUGUGAAACUUUGACCACUCGACGACGGAGCCACUCAAUGCAACAACAGCAACAACAACGGAACAGUUCGCCUAAGUUCAACAAUCUGCUUUCGUUUCGGAAUAUGGGACAGGUCGAUGCCAAUAAUACAUCAAUAGGUAAAUUAA